AUGCUUGACCAUUUCUCUAUCUUAACAAAGGGCGGCUUUGUUCUCUGGCAAAAAUCUUACGCGCCUCUUUCAGGUGCACCUGUAGAUGCUCUCAUUAAGAAUGUCCUAAUUGAGGAACGGGCAGGCACCGUUUCCUACUCAAAGGACAAUUAUGCACUCAGAUGGACAUUUGCCAAUGAGGUUGACCUCGUGUUUGUGGUUGCAUACCAAAAAAUCUUACAGCUUGCUUAUAUCGAUGAACUUCUCGAGACAGUCAAACGCUUGUUCCUGGAUAUGUAUUCUUCAGUAAUUGGCGACAACCAGGGCAUAAGUGCCGACUAUAAUGAAUUUGAACCUGUGUUCUCAAAAGUAUUAAAACAACUCGAAGAAAAAUACGCAAACCGACCUCGAGCACCACGAAAAUUCGAGGAGACAAAAAAGUUUGAAAAUACUCUCAAGGGAUCAAAAGUAGCAACAAGUAAUACUCAACUGUUAGCUACAGCAUCUCGCACCGUGGAUGAGGAUGAAAUCACAAAAAAUAUCAAAGCACUCAAAUUACAAUCUGGAGGAAGAGGAGGUAUCAAGAACAGAAAGGGCGGUCGUGUAUCUGCAAAGACCUCGCCUGCACCUUCACCGGAUAUGAACGAUGACAAUACUGGUAAAAAGAAGAAAUCCCAAAAGCAAGCUCGUGUGUGGGAAGGUCAAAUCUCUCGAGGAGAAAUGGAGACAUUGGAUUAUUCAAAGGAAAAGACUGAAGACGACGAUUCUCUCGAUGCUGAUACUGUUGCGGCUCAGUUUAUGGAUCAAAGCAAGUUGGGCAGUAAGAACAAGGAUGGAAUUUACGAGGUCCAGGAUGUCCUAGAGUCUGAAGAUGAAGAGGAAGAGGAAGAGGAAGGAAAAGCAUCAUCCUCCAGCGGUGGUAUUUUCUCUUUCCUCAAGAACAUUACUGGCCAAAGAGAAUUAUCAGCCGAGACCCUUGAUCCUGUGUUGGCAACAAUGAAAGAGCAUUUGAUCAAUAAGAAUGUGGCAAGUGAAAUUGCGGAGCAUCUCUGUCAAAGUGUUAGAUCAAGUUUGAUGGGCAAGAAACUAGGUGGUUUUGAACGUGUGUCUACUGCUGUAAAGAAUAGUAUGGAAACCGCAUUAAAGCGAAUUUUGACUCCAAAGACAUCAUUGGAUAUUUUGAGAGAUAUUGAACAAACAAGAGCGGAAGGAAGACCAUAUGUGAUUUCAUUCAUUGGUGUUAAUGGUGUUGGAAAGUCUACCAAUCUCAGCAAGGUGUGCUUCUGGUUGUUGCAAAAUAAUUGCAAAGUUCUGAUCGCUGCUUGUGAUACUUUCAGAAGUGGUGCGGUUGAGCAGCUACGAGUCCAUGCACGUAACCUAAGAGCCCUUCAGACUAGUGGCGGUGGUGUGGUUGAGUUGUUUGAGAGAGGCUAUGGAAAAGACUCUGCUGGAAUUGCCAAAGAUGCUAUUAGUUAUGCUACUGCUAAUCGAUUUGAUGUGGUGCUGAUCGAUACUGCUGGGCGUAUGCAGGACAAUGAGCCUCUGAUGCGUGCACUUGCGAAGCUUGUUUCAGUAAACAAUCCAGACAAGAUUAUAUUUGUGGGAGAAGCUUUGGUUGGAAAUGAGGCUGUUGAUCAACUGACCAAAUUCAACCAAGCUCUUAAGGAUUUCUCGGGUUUGCAGAAUCCACGCCAUAUCGAUGGCAUGAUUCUGACAAAGUUUGACACAAUUGAUGACAAGGUUGGAGCUGCAUUAUCCAUGACAUAUAUUACUGGACAGCCCAUUUAUUUUGUUGGUACUGGACAAACCUACACUGAUCUUAAGAAUCUCCGUGUGUCACAUGUAGUACACAGUCUGCUACAGAACUAGUCUUUAUUCAUUAAAUCAAGAUAAAGAAAGU